AUGGCGAGUGCCACAAAGAUGAGCCAAGCGAUGCGAGCAUCAAUGCCCAUCACGAAGGAGGGCUACCUCGUCAAGCAGGGUGGCUUGAUCCGCAACUGGAAGAAGAGGUGGUUCGUGUUGAAGGGCAACCACCUCUUCUACUAUCCCGACCGCACAUCAGUCGAACCAUCAGGCACGAUCACGCUCGAUGCCGAUAGCAAGGUGAAUGAUGGCGCAGCAAAGACGGGGAGGAACGACUCGCUGGAGAUCGUGGCGGUGGAGCGCACGUUCUACGUCUACAGCGAGGAGCCCAGCGAGAUGCACGAGUGGCAGGAGGUCAUCGCUGAGGCCAUCGACCGACUCAACGGCAUCACCGGACGAGGUCCCAACCAUUCACGACCUUCCUUCGCCGGAACGCCGACACACAAGAUGGGAAAGAACGAAAGCGCUGCUGCCAAAGACGUGAGCAUAGUGGUGAGGGGCAUGCUAUGCGAGUGCUGCGAGAAGAAAGUGAAAGCCAUCCUCUCCGUCACUCCGGGCAUCGAGGACUACAAGAUAGAAAUGGAAGAGGAGAAAGUGAAGAUCAAGGGCGCCAUCGACACGCACGACCUCCUGGGCUUUCUUGAGGAGGCCGGCUUCCUGCCCACCCUCGUGCCCUCUUAG